UAAUAUAAGAUUGUUCAUAAACAAAAAAAAAUGAAUAUGAACUUGUCACUUCUUGUAGUUAUUUUUCUUUGCUUUGCUUCUCCUUCACUAUCAGUAAGAUGCAAUCCAAAAGACAAAAAAGUCCUUUUACAGAUAAAGGAAGAUUUGGGCAAUCCUUACCAUUUAGCUUCAUGGGAUCCAAACACAGAUUGUUGUUACUGGUACGUCGUAAAAUGUGACCGGAAAACCAACCGGAUAAAUGCUCUCACUGUCUUCCAAGCCAAUAUCUCCGGUCAAAUUCCGGCGGCCGUAGGAGACCUUCCGUAUCUCGAGACAUUGCAAUUCCAUCAUAUCACCAAUCUCACCGGAACAAUUCAACCUGCAAUUGCUAAGCUCACAAAUCUCAAAAUGUUAAGGCUCAGCUUCACUAAUCUUACAGGUCCAAUCCCUGAAUUCCUUAGUCAGCUGAAGAAUUUGACAUUGCUCGAGUUGAAUUACAAUCAAUUAACCGGAACAAUCCCUUCUUCGCUCUCUCAGCUUCCGAAUUUGUUAGCGAUUCAGUUAGAUCGUAACAAACUCACCGGAACAAUACCGGAAUCGUUUGGGAGAUUUAUAGGACCAAACAUACCAGAUCUGUACCUUUCACAUAACAGCUUGACCGGAAAAGUGCCGACUUCUUUAGGUGAUUUGAAUUUUUCCAGGCUUGAUUUCUCCAGGAAUAAGCUUGAAGGAGAUGUUUCGUUUUUGUUUGGGAAGAAUAAGACGAGUCAGAUAAUUGAUUUAUCGAGGAAUUCAUUGGAGUUUGAUAUUUCGAAAUCGGAGUUUGCUGAGAGCUUGAUAUCAUUGGAUUUGAAUCAUAAUCGAAUUUUCGGUAGCUUACCACAAGGAUUGAAAGAUGUACCGUUACAGUCUUUCAAUGUAAGUUAUAAUAGACUUUGUGGACAGAUUCCACAAGGUGGAACGUUGCAGAGCUUUGAUGUUUACUCUUAUUUGCAUAACAAAUGCCUCUGUGGCUCUCCCUUGCCGGACUGUAAGUAGAUAUGGAGGUCGGGGAUUUGGAUAGCCGAAUGUUGUGGGAGACGCAUGAAGCUAGCCUUCAGUGUGUAUUUGUAUUUGUUGCUUAAUUAGCUUUGUAUCCUUGUAAUAUGUGUGUCGAGGGUCUAUUGAAUAUAGUUUUUCUAUCAAUAAAAGUAGGGGAUAAAUUAUGUCCUCUCUGGAUUUCACUAAUGAAAUUUCAUGGAUUAUGUUGUUGAUCAA